GCGCUGUCAGGCGCCGUAAAACGUAAACAAAAAGCACGUUGUACUCCGUUCGCUCCCACACGCGACACUCCGGACGGCAAAUAAAGUGAUUCGAAAUGGCCAAACUGCUCGCCUAUUACAACCUAUGUCCGAUAAACAACAUCGACGACUUUCUGGGACUGUCGCGCGAUGUCGAUCCGGGCUGCGUGAUAAAUACGCUGGGCCGAAACAUCAUACUGGUGGUGAAGCUAAGCAAUCAACGACAAAUCCGCAGCUGGACCGUGCUGGAUCGGCUCAGCAGCAAGGUGGUGUACGAUUUCCGCUCCGAGCGGUACGUCGGUGUGUUUGGCGGCCGCUACAUACGAUGCUGGAAACGGGACCAGCACGACAUGAACACGGUGAAGAAGAUUAAGCUGUACCGCACCGUGCACGAUCUGUUCUGUCUCGAGAGUGGUCAAACGUUGCUCCUGUACACAGACGGUAGCUGUGAAUCGCUCGAAAGUGCGCUAAAAACGAGAAACAAAUCGCAGCAGGAUGAGGCCGGCAAUGUAGCGGUGCCCUUCGUUGACCCGAAAACGCACACGAUACGGGACGUGAAGGUGCUGCUGCUGGACAACGGGACGCCACUGUUGACGUACUUCCUGCGCAAGGAGGAGGACGGUUCAAUGGAGCUGCACUACGCGCUGCUCAAUCCUGCCGACCUGAAGGUGCACAAAACGAUCGAAAAGAUAGCGGUGCAGCGCAUCGGGGACGAGAUCCGGCUGGUGAGCGCCUGUGUGGUGGACGGGAGCGAUGGCCCAUCGCUGCUGAGCAUCUGGUCCGACAGUCGCAUAUUUAACCUUCAGCUUUCCCUCGGCCAGUCGCCGAAGCGCGAGGAAGGGGUAGGGAACUUUAUCGAAAUGGUGCACCACCUGAACGUAAAGCAGCCGCUCUCGAUGGCCAGCAUCGGCAAGGACUAUGUCGCGUUUUACGCGAACAACAAAAAUCAGGACGGCGCGACGCUCGUCCUAUUCAACGUGCAGUUCAAGGUGUUCCAGGCGAAGCAAUACUUCAAGGUGUACUUCGUGUCAUCCCGCAUCUGGGUGGUGGAGAGCAACAUACUGCUCGCGUUCGGGCAGAUGUUGGCGGUCGUGCCGUUUAAAAUCAGCAAGGAACAGCUGUCGGACAUGAUCGGCAGUCAGCGCACCUUCGACCUGUCGCACACGAUCGACGACGAAAGCAUUAACGAGGAGUGCGAACUGCUGGAUGUGUACGCGUUUGACGAAAUGCUGUCCAAGCUGCCCAAGCGAAGGGAACUCGAAGCGAAUGGUGGCGAUGCAACGGUCGCGAACGGUUCGGGCGAAGCGCCGCCAGCAGACAAACCCGCCUACAAGUGGGUGUACAGUGAGGCCGAGUUUGAGGACGAAUUGCGGGCGGCCUAUCGGGAAUCGCUGCCGGUGGAUGUGAUCGAAAGCUCCCUCCUGCCGAAGGAUACGGUACAGAUAAAGCUUUUCAACAAUGCGGACGUAUCGCUCGGGCCGUUGAUUUUGAGCGAAAAGUUUGAAAUCAUGCUCGAGGAGCUGGAACGUUGCGGAUACUCGGAGGUGGAAAUCUGCGACCGCGUCGUGCCGUGGCUGAUGCAAGCGAACCUGCCCGAAGAUCUCGCCAAAUGUUUAAAGCGCUACUCGGUCGUAUCGGAACGGACGCUCAUAAAGGCGCUCAAGUAUGCACUCGCGCUGCCUGCAACGAACGAGGAUGAGGAGGAGGAAGAGAAUGAGGAGCAAGAGAUGGAAGCUGGGACAACACCGAAGGCCAGCAAAGUCAAGCCGCCCAAGAAGGAUGAACCCGAGCUUCCCGAUCAGCACAUUAUGGUGGAGGCGCAGGCAAAUCAUCCCUGUCGUCGCGAUCUGCUCAACAUUGUCCUGUCCUGCAGCUUCAACCGGAAACCGCUGAUUGCGUACGCACGGAAGGAGUUGGAUUUUCGCACCGUCCGGGAGCUGUUGCAGCAUCUCGAGCAUCUGCUUACCGAUCCGAUGGCCAUGCUGAGCGAAACGCUACACAACGCGGAUACAUUCGACAGUGACGAGCAGACGGUACAGUGGAUGAUGGUGCUGCUCGAUUCACACUACCAACAGUUCAUUCUUUCCACCGAGGAGCCGAUACGGGAGCAACUGCAGCGCCUCCUGACCAUUGUCGAGCGGCACGUUGGGCUGUUAGGCGAGCUGCAAAAGCUGUCCCCUUCGUUGCGUCGUAUGCUGGAGCAAAAGGCACAGAAAUCGGGACGGGAUGCUAACCAGUGGUACUGCGUGGAGACGAUUACGUUAUAUUAGCGGCAGGCUUGGGCCAACGAGAAGGUGUUUCAAUAGCAUUAAGAUAAUAAAAGUGUACCGAAUGUCCCCCCGCACACA